GCUGCCGUUCGGUGUUCCACGUCCAAAGAAAAAGUGCCCGGCAAACCCCACAUUCAACCUCGCCCGAUCAUCGUCACGACCUCACAUGACCAGCACGAAGCAUUGUACCUAUUUCCAAGAGCCAUCUAGACAACGUGAAACUCCUACCACGAACCCCUCCCAGAUGAUCCCUACUACAAAUUUGCCUCUGCCCAACUAAUAAACAUGGCGCCCCAAGGCGCAGUAGACAUCCCCUCGUUCGCAGGCACGCAACUCGCGCUCCUGGACGCCGAGCUCCAAUCCGAGCUCUCAGAGACGGCAUCACUGAUCUCGAACACGUCGCCGACAGCCCUGCAGCGGGCGGGGAUCGCCAUCACCAAUCUGUCGCUGAGCUCGCAGCGCACGGGGCUGGGGGGCAAGACGGUCGUGGAGCUGGGCCCGGACCCGGCGACGGCGAGGGCGGAGGGCGAGCUGCCGGAGCAUGGCAUCCGCGUCGGGGAUAUCGUGGUCCUGGCGGAGCAGCCGGCGGGCAGCGCGAAGAAGAGGGAGGUGAGGGAGUUGGAGGCCAAGGGGAGUAGGGGCGUGGUUACUAGGGUGGGGAGGAGUGCGGUGUGGGUUGCGCUGGAUGCGGAGGAUGAUGACAAUGUGAUUGGGAUGAAGAGGUUGUGGCUGGUUAAACUGGCUAACGAUGUUACUUACAAGAGGUGGGUGCUCUUUCGGAAUGUGGUGUUGAAGUAGGUAGGGGACUGAUGUUGGGGUGUAGGAUGAAUCAGACCAUGACCAGGCUGCAGAAGAUGAAGCCAGAUGAAUAUUCAAAUUUCGUCAGGGUCUUGUUUGGGCUCACCAGUCCUUCCCCAGUCCCAGACGAUCUUGAAUCUAC